CGCAGCUAGGCCACGUCUAACUUCAGGCCGGAGAGCCGGGCUUCGGCAUGGCUGAGGACGCGGGUGGCGGGAGCCCUCUGUGCUCCGAGCAGUUCGGCUCCGGGACGGCGCGGGGUUGCCGCGCCGCGGCCGACGGGAGCCUACAGUGGGAGCCGGGAGGAUGGCGCUGGCGCGGGUUCUCCAGGGUCUUCCAGGCGAAGUCCGAAGGAGGAGACGGGGGUCCGGGGGACGGUCCGGGCGCCGCCUCCCAGCCCCUCUGGGGUCUCCAGGCCGUGUUCCUGCCGCAGGGCUUCCCUGAUAGCGUCAGCCCCGACUACCUGCCCUACCAGUUGUGGGAUUCUGUGCAGGCUUUUGCUUCCAGCCUCUCCGGCUCCCUGGCCACCCAGGCAGUCUUGCUGGGUCUAGGGGUGGGAAAUGCAAAAGCCACGGUGUCAGCCGCCACGGCCACCUGGCUCGUGAAAGAUUCUACUGGAAUGCUGGGCCGCAUCAUCUUCGCCUGGUGGAAGGGGAGCAAACUGGACUGUAACGCAAAGCAGUGGAGGCUUUUUGCUGACAUCCUCAACGAUAUAGCCAUGUUCCUGGAGAUUAUGGCUCCUCUAUUCCCAAUCUGUUUCACCAUGACUGUCAGCACCAGCAACCUGGCCAAGUGCGUUGUCAGUGUGGCUGGCGGAGCUACACGAGCUGCACUAACUGUGCACCAGGCGCGCAGGAACAACAUGGCCGACGUGUCAGCCAAGGACAGCAGCCAGGAGACACUGGUGAACCUGGCGGGACUCCUCGUCAGCCUCUUGAUGCUUCCUCUGGUAUCAGGCAGCCUCAGCGUCAGCCUCGGCUGUUUCUUCUUCCUCACUGCCCUCCACAUCUACGCCAACUACCGGGCUGUCCGAGCCCUCGUCAUGGAGACCUUGAAUGAAGGCCGGCUCCGGCUGGUCGUGAAGCACUUUCUCCAGCGGGGAGAGGUGCUUGACCCCACGUCAGCCAACCAGAUGGAACCACUGUGGACAGGUUUCUCACCAUCUCCAUCUCUCUCCCUGGGGGUCCCCCUACACCGUUUGAUAUCCAGUGUCUCAGAGCUGCAGCAGCUGAUUGAGGGGCACCAGGAACCCUACCUGCUUCGCUGGGACCAGUCACGAAACCAGGUACAGGUGGUCCUGAGCCAGAUGGCAGGCCCCGAGACCAUCCUAAGAGCUGCCACACAUGGGCUGGUGCUUGGAGCACUGCGGGGAGAUGGACCCCUUCUGGAAGAGCUGGACGAGCUGAGGAGCCGGCUGCGGGCAGGUCCUGAGAGAGACAGCUGGGUUGUGGUGAAGGAGACACACCAGGUGCUGGAUCAGCUCUUCCCAAAGUUUUUAAAAGGGCUGCAGAAUGCUGGCUGGAAGACUGAGAAGCACCAGCUCGAGGUGGACGAAUGGAGAGCCUCGUGGCUCCAGUCUCCAGAAAAGAAGGUCUUGUGAGCAUUCCAGACGGAGGCCCGUGCCCAGCACCAGAGUCUGGAGCAAGGAUGCUGGCCACAGCAGGGUGUGGGGACGGCAGCUUUAUUUGUGCUUAGGGAAACUGCUGUGGCAGGUUCGCUGAGACCUCAUGAUGGUGCUUGCCAAUCAAAUGGACUGGGCCUCAGGUGAACAGAAGGGGAACCCGGGCCUUCUCAUCCCACUCCUGUCCCUGCCCCUUUUCCAGGGACUGCCACAGACCCCCUGUCCCCACUCACUGUGAGGUCAAAUCUUGUCCUGAGCGUAGCUUACUGCACAGCCUAGUUGGCUCUAGGCAUAAAAGCCCCAAAAGAACAUGGCCACAGCCAUCAUGAGCAGGGCAUUGAGGUUGACCACACGGGACCAGCGGGGGUCCUCGCUGAUGUCUUCCAGCUGCCUGGCUGCUGCAGCUGCCUCCUCCUGGGUUGGGGGUGCAGGACCACCUGCCCCAUCCUUGUUCAUUCCACAGAACCACCGCAGGCACUGGUGGAAUAGGCCUGGGGCUGGAGCCUGCGGCUCUGGGAGGAAUUGAGGCCCAACAGUUAGUUUGAGGGAACUUCGUGCCUCUCCCUGCCCAGUUCCCCUGUCAGUCCCAUGUCCAAUGAGGGCAGUGCUAUACCUUCCAUAUCCACCACGUGCUCUGGGCGCCCGUUCUGGACUGGGGUCGAAUCUGAGGCUUGCAGCUCAUCGGCAUCCAGGUCUUCCCGUUCCUCCUUGCUGUGCCGGAGACUGAAAACCAGGCGGUGGAGCUGGGAGGGUGGGAGCAGGGGCCGAGUGGGAGUCCCGUUCCCGCACCCCUGGUCCUAAGGUCUCUUGUUCUGUCACACCAGCCCUGGGACUGCCCUCUGUCCAGUGUGCACCCAGCCCAGGCUCUGCUUGCUCAAACUUGACUUUGACUCGGCUGGUCCUUGACCUAAUGCAGACCCCAAGCUUCUGAUCCCUGCUCACACCUUUUUCCUCCCUCCCUUCAUCACCCCAAGUCUCUGUCUACACUACAAGUAUACUUUGUGCUCUGGUCCUCCCAGGCCCACUGCCCGCCUCACUCAGCCCUGCCUGGUGGUGCUUGGCCUGCAGCUGCACAAAACCAGACCCCUUUGUGAGCUUUCAAGAGGGCACUGUGUCCCUGGCCCCCAGUCAGGUCCCGUGGCCUGAGUCCCAAAGACUAUGUCAAAAAGGUUGGCUUGGGAGGGGGCUGGCCGGGGUUUUAAUUGCCAGCUCUACAAAGUCUUCAGGCUGCCUCUGCCUAAACCACUAAAAAUAAGUGUCACUGAAAUAAAAAUGUGCUUACUUUGGACUC